AUGCGGUUCAACGCCAUCCCAUCGCGGCCCAAGGGCGAUGACCGACGCAUGCGAAAUCCCGAUCCGCCUACUCGAAAAGUCUUCAACUGUAUCGUCGACGAGUCUGCUCUGGUCGCAGGCGUCAAGAAGAGCACCAGGGAUGGCAUUAGGAAAUGGGUGACUAGCGGCGCCAUACGCCUUUUUGUCCCACUAUACACACUUUCGCAGCUGGAUCGCCUAAAGAAGGGCAACGAUCGAGUCAACGUAGACGCCCGAGAGGCUAUCAAAUGGCUAGACGAUAUCACCUCGAUGCCCACGAUUCAAACCACAGGAUUGGUACAGAUUGAAGGAGCCGACGAGAUGUAUCUCACAUGGGCCGAAGUGGAGAAGUUCUUGCUACCAGAGACUCUACUCUCGAUGGAUGAGUCCGAGUCCGACGAGGACUCUUUGCCCGAGGACUUGGAGAAUUCUCUCACCAUCGUAGACCAGUCUGACGAAGCGUCCAUGAGCUCUACUCACAGCAUCGAGGAUAGGGCAAAGACACCUUCCUCUCCACGCUCCAUCUACUCUUCAACAAGCCCGGACCUCCUGAAUGCCAACCCGUAUAAUGGAGCUAGCUCCGUCACUUCUGCGGAGGCCCUAAACCGAACAGCACGAAACAGUGCCGAUUUGCCUCGCAAUGAUAAUACUCCAAAAAGCGUCGUCCCCGUACGACUCCAACAGCUAUUCAAUCACGUACUAUGGCGGAUCAACCAGGAGACGAACGUCGAUGCUGCGUUCGAGAGUUUCAUUCUUCUCACGAACGAUCCACAGAAGCAAACCAUUGGCCAGAGAUUCGGGAUCCGAGCCAAACGUCUCGAACAGCUCCGCGACGCUGUUGGUCGCGAAGACAGAGAUUACAAGAACCGCUUGGCUUUGUUCAAGAAAGAGACAGAUAUACUCCCUCCUGUUCCUGACAAGACUGCGGUCACCCAAGAAACGCCGGAAACCCGCGGUAUCUCCGCUGAGCCCAAGGAGCCAGAUUCCGAUGAUGAGGACGUCGUCCUGUUCAAGCAGACCCCGCGUGGACCACAUGCCACUAAUGGACAGCGGAUGCUGGACCCCAACGACUUUGGCAGGGCCUCGCCUCAAACACAAGCACCCUCGCCGCGCGGUGGACGUGGCGGUAGCCGUGGAAUUCAUCGAGGAAGUCGUGGAACUUACGCACCCCCUAUGGUGCCUCGUACCGCAGCUUUACCUCGAAUUGACCCCAAUCAGCCCAUUGACCCGGACUCUUACUCCCGACCACCACCAAGAGUUGCGGCCGUUCGCGGCGGAAGACGAAAGCUAUGGGAACCCACGUAG